AUGAUGCUAAAGAAAUUGAGCUCUUCUGUAGCUCCGCGAUGCAUCCAAACCAUUCAGGGUCGCGCUGCUUUCAGUACCAAAGCCAUCGUAGACACAUAUGAGUCUCCUGAUCACUACUUUGAAAAGGAUCGUAUUGAUGCUGGAGACCCGUCGAAGCGUGCCUUUACGUACUUUAUGUUGGGUGGUGCUCGAGUAGCCUACGCUACGGCUGCUCGUUUGGCCGUCGUCAAGUUUGUGGGCAGCAUGAGUGCAUCUGCUGAUGUACUGGCACUGGCAACGGCCGAGUUUGAUUUAAGCAACAUCAACGAGGGCGCCACUGUGACGGUCAAGUGGCGUGGCAAGCCCAUUUUUAUUAAACAUCGGACGGCCAAGGAAAUUGACAUUUGCAACCAAGUAAAUGUCUCAAACCUGCGUGACCCUGAGACUGAUGCCGUUCGUGUGCAGAAGCCUGAGUGGCUUGUAGUGCUUGGUGUGUGCACCCACUUGGGCUGCGUACCCACAUCGAAUGCCGGUGAAUACGGCGGCUGGUUCUGUCCAUGCCACGGUUCGCAUUAUGACCUUUCAGGACGUAUCCGUAAGGGUCCCGCCCCACUAAAUCUUGAGAUUCCUCCGUACAAGUUUCUUGAGGAGAACAAGAUUCUUUUGGGUUAA